GUCGGGCGAAAUUGAAAGAUGGCUGCAGCCUAGUCCGGGCAGAGAUUUCACUCGCUGGAGGAGAAAAUUCCGUUUUUCACCCAGGAUUUCCGACCGGAUUUCAACGAAAAAUGGUCGAACUUGACUAGAAAUCGGUGUGGCACCGAAAAAAGCCCAAAAAUCGCAGCAACAGUGUGUGCAAUACUCCUAAAUAAGUUUAUCAGUCAACGAAGGCCGAAAAAAUAGUUCCAGUGACGCGCCCCAGAUUUCCCCCAAAAAGCCCAAGGCUCAGGUCAAGGAAGAAAGAAAGAAAAGUGACCACCUCGUAAAACGAGAAGUGAAUUCUGUUUCUAUCGGUUCCCCCGGAAGAUUAUGUCCAAUCUGUAUGCGAAAAUUUCCCAACGCCCAAUGAAGAGGAAUGAAGAGCAGAUUUUUUCAGUGUUUCCAUAUCACAAUAUUGAGAUGUUCAACGUGUUGGCUCCGUUCCACCAGAACAGUGCUUCGGCGGCGGCAGCCGCAGCAGGUCCAGCUGUUCAGAAUGUUGGCGGUGGCGGCAUCGGCGGAAACCGUGGAGUAGGUGCCGGCGGGGUAGAAAACAUGCAAGUGACUCAGCCCUGCAGUGCGCCAUCGUCGCCGACCAUCACCUCGCCGGGGGCCAUCAGUUCGACGUCGUUCUGUCUGCCACUGACCACGACCAGCUCGUCCGCGUCCGCAGCGGGAACCGGUGGUGCCGGAGGUUCCUCGACCAGCAGCAGCGUCAUCACCAGCACGACAACCGGCGGCGGCACGACCGACACCGGCGACCCCAACUGGCAGGCCACCAAGAGUACGAUCCGCGAGCGGAAUGCGGCCAUGUUCAACAACGACCUGAUGGCGGACAUCCGCUUCAUCGUGGGAACCGACGAACAAGUGCAAACCAUUCCGGCCCACAAGUACGUGCUGGCGACCGGCAGUUCCGUGUUCUACGCCAUGUUCUACGGCGGGCUGGCCGAGGCGAAGGAGGAAAUCGUGGUGCCGGACGUGGAACCGACCGCGUUCCUGACGCUGCUCAAAUAUCUGUACUGCGACGAGAUCCACCUGGAGGCGGACAACGUGCUGGCCACGCUGUACGUGGCCAAGAAGUACAUCGUGCCGCAUCUGGCCCGGGCCUGCGUCAACUAUCUGGAGACGAGCCUGACGGCGAAGAACGCCUGCCUGCUGCUGAGCCAGUCGCGCCUGUUCGAGGAACCGGAGCUGAUGCAGCGCUGCUGGGAGGUCAUCGACGCCCAGGCCGAGAUGGCGAUCAAGUCGGAGGGCUUCGUCGACAUCGACCUGAAAACGUUCGAGACGAUCCUGGCCCGGGAGACGCUCAACUGCAAGGAGAUUCACCUGUUCGAGGCGGCGCUGAACUGGGCCCACGCGGCCUGCACCAAGAUGGACAUCGAGCCGACCUCGGGCAACAAGCGAACCGUGCUCGGCCACGCCCUCUAUCUGGUCCGGAUUCCGACCAUGUCGCUGGAGGAGUUUGCCAACCGGGUGGCGCAGCUGGGCAUUUUGACGAACCAGGAGACGAUCGACAUCUUUUUGAACUUUACCGCGAAGAACAAACCGAAGCUGACCUUUCCGGUGCGGUCACGGGCCGGGCUGAAGACGCAGGUUUGCCAUCGGUUCGCUUCGUGUGCCUACCGGAGCAAUCAGUGGCGUUACCGCGGGCGCUGCGACUCGAUCCAGUUCUCCGUGGACAAGCGAAUCUUCAUCGUGGGCUUCGGACUGUACGGAUCUUCAACGGGGGCGGCCGACUACGACGUCAAGAUCGAGCUGAAACGGCUUGGCCGGGUGCUGGCGGAAAACGCCACCAAGUUCUUCUCGGACGGAUCGAGCAAUACGUUCCACGUGUUCUUCGAAACCCCGAUCCAGAUCGAACCGGAAUGCUUCUACACGGCCUCGGUCGUCCUCGACGGAACCGAGCUGAGCUUCUUUGGCCAGGAAGGGAUGAGCGAGGUCAGCGUCGGAACGGUCACCUUCCAGUUCCAGUGCUCGUCCGAAAGCACCAACGGAACCGGCGUCCAGGGCGGACAAAUUCCGGAACUGAUCUUCUACGGCCCGAUGGGUCAAAGCGGCGGUCAGUCCGGCCCGAACGGGAUGUCCACAUCAUCGCUAACCGCCAGCACCAGCAACAACUCGAUCAACAACAACAAGGUCGGAUCGUCGUCGUCGUCGUCGGUGGGCAAUUCCUGCGCCACGCAAAACAUCUACGCCAACGGGGCCGGCUCCGGGGCGGACAACGGACCGAAUCAGCUGCUCGGAACCGGUGCUGCCGUGCUGAACAACGAGAGCGACUAGACUUUGGCCUUGCACGUAUUUUCCACUAAACAUUACUUUUGAAGCAAAUACAUUUUUGUUUUGUUCAAGUUUGAUCCGUUUGCCACCGGACGUGUGACUUAAUCGAAUUGGGUUUUAAGCAUAUUAAAAGUGUAGUAGACGAAUUACUAGUCAUAGAAGCGAUCCGAAUUUAGUUGAACUUUGUUAGACACUUUGGUUAGACUCAUUGAAUGAAAUUUAAAAGUUUGCGGCACGCAAAGAUAUUCAAAACAAAAUAUUCAAAGUAGUUUCGUAGUCUUAUUAAAAACAGCAGUAAAGGACAGUAUACUAAACACAAAAAGAAAGUUCACAACCCAGAAAAAAAAACACAGCAAAACAGAAUCAAUCAAACCAUGUGCGACGGUUUCCUCUUAGUGUGUAAGUGAUUCAACGGUGGUGAGAUUUGGUUUGAUCUGAACGACUCGAUGGAAAGAGAUUGAGAGAUAUCCGUACUAUAUAUUGCAUAUUGAAUUAAACAAUAAAAGUCAGAAGCAGUUCUAUUUUGCAUAAACUGAACACUAUAUAACAAAAUCUGUAGCUGGUAGAAGUACACAGAGAAAAGAAAAUCACAAACUAAAAAUUCAGUUCCAUCCAACCAAAAUAAGCAAGAUCGUAUGACAUUCCCCGAAUACAAAAUCAUCUAGCCUUACAAAAUCCGCGUGGCAUUGUAAAUGCCAACGUUCAUCCCUUCAAAUCCCCAAAACCCCAACAUUGUUUGAACCCAGUAAUGACUAAAAAUUAGCAAGGCGUGACACGAUCCGCAAAUGAUUCUCAUUAUGACUUAUUGAUUAGUAGUAAAUCAACACAUUGAAAAAAAACAAACCUAUAUUACGAAUAAAGAUAUAGUUCUACCAAAACGUUUGUAAUGUUCAAUGCAAAGCAAAACAAAAAGGUACUGAAUAAAUUAUUAGAAUUAA